UUUUUUGCUUUGAGGAACGCUAAAACUGGCGGGCUUGGAAGUAAUUAAACGAUCUUCAUUUAUACACCAUGGCGAUCGCGAAUCGACAGGUACAAUGGAAGAAUGCGAAACGGAAGAUCCAAAUUGCUCAUCAUCAUGCGACGGCAUAGAGAAAGACGAAACACAGGAGUGGUGUUCUGACAUUUUAGGCGAUGAUAGUUAUGUAGAAGAAACACUGUCCAAUUCCGAUAAUCUGGAGGUUGAAAGUGGAGUAGAAAGUGCCACAGGAGAUGUAGCUGAAGCAGAUUUUCUUGAACCCGAAUUCGCCGGAGACGAACUAUAUUUGCAACUGGGAGAUCUUGAUUUGACAACAGAACAGGCGCAGGAAACGUUGAAAUAUUUUAGUAAGUAUUGAUUCUUGUGUACGUUUGAUUAUUUACUAUUGAAACACUGUGUGAUUUGAAUGGAACAAGUAAAUAAACAUUUGUGGGAAAUACUAGAAGAAUCGAUCAAGAAUCGUUAUGUUUCUACAUUUACACCACAGUUGGCAAUAUGCAAUGUUUGAAUCAAAUUAGUGGAUGAUAAUCAAGACAUUUCUGACAAAUAUUGCGAACGAAUCUUUGCUCCUUGUAUCGCAGACAUUCUUGAAUUAAUUUUCUAGUGUCUCUUGUUCUUGGAAGUCAUUAUUUUACUAAAUAAAAUUCGCGAUUUCACUUUAACAAUAGGGACACAAGUAUACUUGUUAAAUUAUUCUUAUUGAUUGACUCAAAUUUUUGACUCUAUUUACUGCUACAGUUAUGUAAUCACCUGUGAAAUAUUGAUUAUUUUCUGACGAGAGACAUAUAUAGAUCAUUAUUUAUAUGUUCUCUUCUGUUUUCCUUUCUCUGAAACAUUUCAUAGACUUUUCACAGUUUGUAAUCAGCAAUGUUAUAUGAACUUUGUUUUCUUGAGUUGUCGUGUUGUGUUACUUCUGAUGUUUUCCAUUGUCACGAGACUUAUUAUGAUGGAAGCCAAUUCCUGUUUCUCUGUUAUCAUUAUUUUUGGUAAAGUUUCCGCACAGCCCCAUACUAUUGUAAAACAAAUCUGUUUUCCCAAUGGAAAUGUAUUGUUUUUGUCAUUGUUUUCUCUGUUCAAGAACUGAAUGUAUAAUGUUUACGUUUUAAAGACAAUCUCGUAUGCAACGUUAAUGAUAAGGUCCUUCCCUUCGAAGAACAUAAACAUUGAAUUAUGAAAAGUAUUAAUGUUUUGGAUGACGAAUAGAAUUAACCUCUCUGACUUUACACUGGCAUAUGAAGCUUAAUUAAGAAAAAUCAUUUUCAAGCCAGUUAUCAUCGUUUUAUAUUCUUGUCUGUACUCUGAUGCAGUUCAGCAGUUUUGCACCCUUGCCAUUUUAAGCUUCAAAAUGUAGCAUUGUGUCUGUACUUAAAGCAUGUGUACACAGUACACGAGUGAAUUUGGGUUUAGGAGUCAAAAAUAACUAAUUUGCAAGUCAAAGAACUUGGUUGCUGAGUUUAUUACCAAAGUGAUAUCCCUGCAUAUAAGUCUUAUAAGUCACAACAUGUUGCAAAGAUGCUUAAAACUGGGGCAUUUUUAAAAUACUUUCUCUCACUUUUUUGUUACAUGGAAAGCAUUCAUUUUUAUAAUUGCUUGUUAUAUUUAUAUAUUGAUGAAGUUGUUAAUCUCUUUUUUGAUCUCAUGUGGAAUUUACAUUGUAACAUGUCCAAUUGUGUAUAGCUAGAGAUAGUUGAAAUGAGACAUGUUUUGAUCUUCUGAAACCAUUUAUGGCCAAACAAGCCACUAAUACCUGUGUUUUUGGCGAAAAUAAUUUCUUGAAUACUUGUGGUUUACCAAUUAAAUACGGUAACCAAGUGUGAUUUAUAAAAAUUAAUAACCUGAAUUCCUAUUCAAAAGAUACCUUCUUCUCAGGAAUACCACUCAUUGCAGUUGCAGGCUUGGAAUUGCAGAAAAAAAAAUAUCACUAUAUGUAAUGUUAAAAGACAGACCUAAAUCUAUUUUUUAACUAAAGAGACAUGGCCUUGAAUUAUUAAAAGCUUAUAGUUGUUAUUAAACUUUACAAGCUUCACAUGCAAUCCAUUUUAUAACUGUGUUUAUCUUCAAUGAUGAAAAGUAUUGCAAUACCUGUAGUUAGAUCAAAAGCUGUUUAGCAUUUUAUGCACAUGUCCACUAAUGUUUAAAUUUUGGUUAUUAUAACUCUGUAGACAAAGAGGGAUGUCUGUUUCUUAAUCAAAAGUAAUGGUAUUGGUAGACAACAUUUGUCAUUAUGCUGAUUGUCCAGUGACGUAGUAAUAUCUUCAAGUUCAAUUAAGCUGAGGAAUUUUUUUGAUUCCUCAAAAGUCUUUGAGGAGAUCUGAUCACCUCAGUUUGUUUAUUUCCCUAGAUAUUGUACUUGUGCUGAGGCUUAACACGAUGAAUUUCAUUUUAUUUUAUGCUAGAUUAUUGGUAUAAGUUGAAUUUUAAUUCAAUGAAGUAGGGCUCUUGCCAAUAGCAGAGUGAGUCAUGUUGAAUAAUUGAUGACUUUCAAGCAGAUAAGUUAUUAAAAAGUAGGGUGCACUGUAUUUUAAAGUGCUGAUAUCAGAACUUUGCUUUUCAAAGAAAUCUAUUGUAUUUUUAAUGGAAUCUUUGGUCCCUGAAGUGAGGAAAGCUUCAGUUUUUAAGCUUGAUGCAAUAGUUAUUGAUACAGUGCGCUGCUGAAAUUUAGGUAAAAGGUUGCAAAUUUACAUUGCUGACAAUGUUUUGCAAUGGAGCAAUUUAAAGGUACUGUGUUAAAUGUUUUGCAUAUCUUCUUGAUUUUACAGACACUUCAAUUAUGAGAUUACACCAAAGUGAUGUCUCCUCGUUGUCUUAAUAGACAAUUUUGUGGAAUUAAGUUAUGGAAAUGAUGAUGUUCUCUGUGUGAUAUAGCAUAUGAAUUGCAUGAAAUUAACUUUUGCAAUACACCAUUAAACAUUAAAGUGAAAUAUCUGCAAUAUUGCCCAUCAGUAUUAGUUGUAGAGAUUCCAUAGUGAGAAGGCUUCAGCUUUUAGGUUAUAUUAAUAAAGAUUAGUUAGAAAGAGUGUGUGGACAGUUCAGGCAAGAGUCAUUUUAAAUAUUCAAAAACAGCUGUUGAUUCACUAUACAUGUCUUAUGAAUUUAACGUGAAAAUUUAAACUGUCACAACAAUUUUAAAAAGUAUUGCUGUAAAUUUGAUGUUGGCUGCAAAUUGCAAAUUUAGAACAUCUAAAAGUGUUAAAUCAGCUUCAACUCUUAAAGCACACGAUGUAACUUGAUGCACGCCACAUUAUUAGGGUAAAUUGCUUUGGCUAUCAGCAACUGUGAAUUGUAUUUGAAACUCGAGUGCAACAUUUUUUUUAAGUAGCUUCUAGAUAUUGGGGAAAAUGUUGAUAAGAAAUCAUCUGGGAUCUUUUAGAAUACUCGUAGCUAAUAAUUGCAUUCUAAUGAACACAUUUAUUGCAAAAUUAAUCAGUACUGCAACUGUGCAAGUUGGUUAUAUGGGUGAUAUUUUAUGCAUACACUGUAAGUCUGUAUGUACCAUUUACCAGUGGGGUUUUGUUACUGGUUCAAAACAGAGAAAUUCAGGCAGUUCAUACAGCUUCAGAGCUAGGAGAAUUCUUUGGUUACAAUGCAGAAUUCUCCUGCUAAAUGUCAAUGGUCUGAGCAAGUUUUUAUUCAGAGUUUGAUAACAUUUUUUACACCAAUUUCUCCUGGUUUCAUUUCUCAAUGGAAACUCUGAGAAUUUGGAAAACACUCGAUCCAAAUUUUGAAAAGUGAUUCUUCUUUAUUUGUAUUAGCUUUGGCAUCAGAUCGAACCAACCAGAUGAGUAAGACGUACAAUGAUUUGGAUGCCAUUUUGCAGCUUCUACAGGAGGUAUGUAGCAAAGCUAUGUAAUGGUAAUAGGACUGAAUUGGACAUCACCAAGUCUUCUUACCAAGUAAUCAUAAUCAUUCCAAUUUUCGAGGUAGAGACAUUGUUUAAAGUAAAAAUUUCCUCCAUUUUCAAAAUUGCCAAGUUUUUAAGGGUAAUGGUUGCUGCUAUGUUCUGUGAUUGGUGAAUUUAGCUGAUUGGACUAAGUAUGAUUGGAUGUUUUAACUGUCAGAUUACUGGUGUCUGAUUAUAGCCAACUGCCCGAUUACACAUUCUGAUUAAAACUUUACAGAAUAAUUAUUGAAAAAAACAAGCAAAGUGAUGCAAGCAGCCAAUGCGCCAAUCGCAUUUGAGCAUAUUUAUUGUUGAACCAAGAUUUGUUGAAAAGUUUGCAAAUGCCUUUCCUAUUCUAUUUACUCCCACAAAGCUUCUGGCUUUGCUAUUCUGAGCAGAUGCAGGACACUCUUUCCUUUGCACUGGAACACAAAUCCAAAGAUCAGGGGUCCAAUUCAUAGCAGGGUUCCCAGAUUUAAUCCAUGUGCAAUGCUGGUGACAGUACAAUGAACAUCUUUCUUUAAGAUUAAUAUCUAUGCCUUGAUUAGUGGUCUGAUAAUCAAACAAUGUUUAUAGUACCUCUCUUAUCAUUAAUCUGUAGGAAGAAGAAAAUAAAAUGUUAUUUGCAAGCAAGGUGUUUUCAAAAUUGGCCAUGCUAUACUUCACUAUACUGUGCAAGCAAGGACAUCCUUCCUUUUCCCCUUCUUUGGGAGGGAGGUAGAUGGAAGCUCUGCUUCCAGAGUACAUUUUUUCUUUUGUUAAUACGGAUCUGUUAAUCUUUAUUGACAGAAAGAGAAGGACUUGGAGCUUUCAGCCAGAAUUGGCCAGGUACAAUAAUUGUUGUAUUUAAGAACAGUUGAUCCAUCAGAUUAUCAGUGAUGAAGAUGUAUUAUAACUUCCCUGAACCAGGAAAACCAGCGGUUGGUGAGAUUAUUUUUGUGGUCCAAAAAAAAUAGGAAAAAGAGCUCAGCCUUGGUACUAAGAAACUACCCAAGAAAGCAGAAAUUUUUAACGGCUGAAAAGUUUUAGCCACAUCCCAAAUUAUAUUGCAGUACUUAUCAUCAAUAAUCAUCACGAAUCAAAACUUUAUUGCAUAAGGACAAUUAUAGGCUUUCACUUGUUUCUGGCAAUAAUUACAUUUACCUAUUUAUUUAAUUAAUAAAUGAUUUGCCUUUAAUUUCUUUGUAGUCCUUAUUGGAGAGGAACAAGCAACUAUUGGCCAAAACACAGGCAUUUGAAAAUUUGGUGUCAGAAUGCGACGAAAAGGUCUGAGUUACUGUUACUGUUACUGUACCAAAGGCAUUUAAGGUUCCCAUAAUUCCCAACACUAAUGAUAUUAAAUAAGUAAUUAAGUAUCAGUUAAUAAUCAGAUGAACCACAAAGUAAAACAGAAUGGGAUUUUACCAACUAGACUUAACUCUUUAACCUCUAACAGUGACUGGCAUCUAAUUUCUCCUCACAGUAUCAUCCCUGAAUCAAACAUUAAGGUCAUGAGAAUAAAGGAAAUGAUCACUAACUAAAGAUCUCAUGAUUGUUAAACAAAUUCUCCUUGUCAGCACCUUAAGAAAAGCAAAGAGAAUAUUAUGGAGAAUAUGCUUACUGAUGUUAUGGUGAAAAUGGUUUUAAUAGUAUAUAUAAUAUUGAACCAACACACAGCUCUUCAACUGGCUCAUUUAAUGAUGUACUUCUAUCACCAUCAUAAGAAAGACUUCUUUUCAGGACUACCCAUACCUGGGCAUUGCUCUGACGAAGGGCUAAUGCAUGAAACGUCAGCUUUUAAACUCUUUACAGAAGCCAGUUUAUGUUUUCAACGCAGUUGAUAAUGCUUAAUUACCCUGUUAUACUCUCCCACUGACCUAACACCGCAGUUUCUUUAGAAACUUACCUCCUUUAUUCAUUAAUCUCUGUUACUGUUUGAUUAUACUGUCACUUUAAUCCUAGGAAAUACAUGCAUGUCAUUUAAUUUGUUUUGUUUUGUUUUUUUUCACGUACAGGAGACACAACUUCAACAUGAAGUAUCCAUGAAAACUGAACUUCUCCAGAAAUUCAUUAAAGAUCAGGAAAUGGACGAGUUCUACCAAUUAUCUCAUCGCUCUGAUGAAGACAGUCGCAGGUGGGUCUUGAGAGUAGGCUAUCUUGAUAGUGUACCAAAAUCUCCUCACUAGUUUGCAAGGAAUUGUAUUGGGGCUUGUUGGGAGAACUGCCAAUUAGAUCUAGUGAGUAUUAUUUGGGUUAAGAGGUAUACUCCUCCGUUUUUUGAACAGCACUGACAGCUCUUGCAGAGAUGACUCCAUUAAUUCACUUCAACAGAAAUGCCAGGCUCUGGAGCAACAGAACACUCAUCUCAUCUUAGAGGUACAACAUUUGCUCUCUUAAAAUGAUUUUCUUAGUUAUUAGUAGAGCAACUUUGUCCAUCAUAAAACUGGAAAACAAUCAAUGCUUUCUUUUUCUUUUAGAUUACUGCAGGGUUUUUAGUCUUGUAUGAAUUGAAAUUAGCCCUUUAUUUUAUCUUAUAUUACUCCAUGUAAAACAAACCCCUUUGUAUUACAAAGAUCCUCUCUCUCUCUUCAAUAUAAACAUGGAAAUGAUGCAAAAUUUAGCUGUUACUUUUAAUGGAUUUCCUAUUAAACUAGCCCUUUGCUUUUUUGGGGGAGAGGCUUUCAUUAUGAACAGACACAGAAUUAGACAGACAGAAAGACAGAUCGGCAGUCACAGAUAAAUGAAGGGGAUAAGUUUCUAUAGAAACUGUGGUGCUGUGUUAGUGAGAGAGUAUGACAGGGUGAUUUGGUAUUAUCAACUGAGUUGAUAACGUAAAUUGGCCAUCAUGUAGAGUUGCGAAGCUGACAUUUCGAGCAUCAGCCUUAGUCAUGCGCUCUGACAAGGAGCUAACUCUGACAAAGGGCUGGAGAAGGCUAAUGCUCAAAGCAUGAGCUUUACUACUCUUUAGGAUGGCAAUUUAUGUUAUCAACUCAGAUGAUAACACCAAAUUUCCCAGAUAGACAGUCAGACAGACUGACGGCAAGACAGAAAGAUAGCCAGACAGACAGACAGAUGGACAGACAAACAGAAAGAGUACAUGUAACUGUAACUAAAGGAGAAUCCCUCUUCUGACAGGGGGAACUUCACUAGGAAAAAGAUUGACAACCUUAACAUGAACUGAUCUUUAGUUACUUAUUUUGGUAUGUAAGUUAAUUUUGUUUUGUAAUGACAUGGCAAUUACAUUGCAGGCUCUACAGCUAAAGGAAGAAACAGCAACUGUGGAAAUGAAGGAACAACAACUGGUUCUGGACUGUGUCAAACAAUUAGGUGUGUUGAUUAGUAUUCAAAUAAAGUAUUACUAGUAUCCUGCUGCAAUGGGCAGAAAGUGAGGAAUUUCCAGAAGUUUACAAUUGACUAGAAGUUUUUAAUGGUGGUUUUGUUCUUUGAUUCAGUGGAAGCUAAAGAUCAGAUUUCUGAUUUGACGGAUGAGAUCUCACAGAAGGCAGAGGAUAACAUCAGACAGCAGGUUCAUAAAAAUUUUUGCAUCAUAAUGGUGGCAGAUUCAGUUCAUUUACCCAUAAAGAUGUUGGUAGCAUUUUAAUAAGUAAUCUUCCAUCUUGUCAUUUUUAUUCUUAGGAGGAGAUCACUCAUCUUAUUACAACUGUUGUGGAUCUUCAAAAACGGCACAAACAGGUCAGUGAUGAGUGUUUGUGACAAUUCAGUAUUAUACCCUUAAAUCUCUAAGAGUGAUCAGCAUCUAAUUUCUCCCUACAAUAUCACCCCUGUAUCAAAAAUUUGAGUCAAGAGAAUGAAAAAAAAAGAUCACCAACUGAUUGUUGCACAAUUCUCCUUGUCAGCACCUCAGGGCAUGUGUAGAGAACAGUAUGGAGAAUAUACAUACUGUUUUUAUGCUGUAAAGGGUUACAUGACAAUCCUUUAAAAUUUUUUCUGUAAUAAGUGAUGUAGGGCAAUUACAUCUUGGUCCAUUUUUUUUUUUUUCAUCAGUCAUGUUAGACUUCUAAUAUUACUUCACUUUGUCCUACAUGAUUCAAUUUUUAUAUUUUAAUUUUCAGCUUUCAAUGGACAAUGAAGAACUGCAAAGUUUACUGAAUUCUUCCACAGCAAAUCAGAACCAGCUUCAACACAAGGUAAUGUCUCAAAACUUGGGGACAUUGCAAUUUCCCCCUCCUGAAAACAACUAUGUAGUCUUUACCAGGGUCCAGCUUUAGCUCGCUACAGAAGGGGGGGGGUCAGGGUCGUACCACUGCCUAUUAAGAGUGAGAAAUAAGGUGGCCAAUUGGUCUGCGUUUGAAUACAGCCAGGGUCAUUGUGCUUCUUUCAUGGGCAAGGGACUUAACUGUUCUAUUGCCCCUCUCUUGUGGGCAAAAAAUGGGCACUUAAAAUCUGUAUGGAAAAUAUGUUUACAUUGAGAGGGAAACCUGUAAUUACCUGCAUUCCAUCUUGAACGAUGGGACUCCAAGUUAACCCUUUAUGUCCCACUAGUGACCUAGACAGAAUUUCUCCUUACACUAUCAGUACAAUAUCAAGCAGACAAGUAAUGAGAAUAAGGAAAAAUAUCAAUUAGGGGAUUAUUAGUUGAUCCAAUACCAAAUUCUCCAAACUUACAUCAUAUGAAUUGUAUGGCAGACAGUAAGGAGAAGUACUAAGGAGAUCUUGGGAGUUAAAGGGUUAAGAGGUCUGGGCAGGAGACCUGGCUGGGUCAUUGUGUUGUGUUCUUGGAUGAGACAUUUCAUUCCUACAGAGCUGCUCUCCACCCAGGAGUAUAAAUGGGUAGCAGUAGGUUGUAGGGGAAGUCAGAUGAAAUGCUGAGGGGGUUACCUUGCAAUGGACUGGUAUCCCAUCCAGGGGGAAGUGGUGAUGCUCCUAGUCGCUCCAUGCUAUGGAAACUGGGAUAAACUACAGUUGGGUGGGCCACUUGGCCCAAGCACAGACUUGACUAUCCAAAAUGAUGGUAAUAGUCUAAGUCGCUUCCUGCUACCAAAACUCACGUAAGCCCCAGAAGUGUGACUCAUUAAUCUCUUCUGCCUAAGGUGUACAUUUUUGUCUGUACAAACAUUAAACCACAUUGUAUAAAACUUGUUGUACAUGCCCAUAAUGGUCUAAGUUAAGGUUGUUUCGGAACACUGGCAUUGCCUGUCAACUGACAUGGAUUUUCUCUGUUUCUGUGCAAGGUGGAUGAUUUACAUGAAAAAUACCAUGAAUGUUUGGAGAUGCUCAUGGAAAAUCAGGUGAGUAACAAGGAUGUUAACAGGAUUUUACAACAGGGAUCCCAAACUUUUGUCCUCUUGGAAUCCAGGGGCUUAGCAGUUGUUGUGUUCUUGUGAAUUAUUAAUUUUUUGAUGACUGAAGGUUGCGAAUGGUUAAAGCCAAAUAUUUUCCUUGGGUAACAUGGAAAGCAGGGAGGGUUGUUUCUAAUGUCUGUCUUUUUCUUCAGAUUAUUUUAGUGCAGUUAGUGGUACUUCCUUUCUAAAUUUUUUUCCUAAUUUUCUUUGCCUUGCAGAGGGAAGUGAAAAAGUUAAAUACAAAGAUUGAGUAAGCACCAAACCAUUUUUACCUAGAAAAUAUUUUUAUUUUUAUGCCUAUCUUCAUCAAGAGAUAACUUCUUCAUAAUCCUGUCCAUGUAAACAAAGUCAACUUCGCAAAAGUAAUGGAUGAGUGAGGGAGAAUGUUACAGAAAUUUCUUGGAAAGGGAAGAAAGUUACAUGUACUAAUGGAAUAAAAAAUCGUCCUUGCAUUAACCCUUUACUCCGUAGUAUCAGUAUGCAUGUUCUCCAUACUGUUCUCUGUACAUCUCUUAAGGUGCUGACAAGGAGAAUUUGUUUAACAAUCAAGAGCUUUUUUAGUUGUUGGUCAUUUCCUUUAUUCUUGUGACCUUUGUUUGUGUGAUCAGGGGUGAGAUUGUAAGGAGAAAUUAGAUGCUAGUCAUUCUUAGGGAUCAAGGGGUUGAUAGUCCUUAUUUAUUUUCUUCUCUAUGCGUGUAAUCACUGAUGGUGUUGAUACAAAUAUUUCAGGAGUGGUAAACUGCCCAGAAAGUUGUCUUCAUCACCGCAGCACUCCUACCAUGUAAGUUAAAAUGUGAGAUGCAAGAAUAAGACGCAUUCCCCUCAAGUCUGUGUAUGUAACUCUUGUUGUGGCCACUCGAGUUAACUCUGCUUAGCAGUAGUUUCUACUUUUUUUUCGUUUAUUUUGUUGUUGAUCGACAUUUCUAAUUGACUUCUUUUUAUUUAUGAUAGGAUGCACGUGAUUCCAUUGCUUUGGAGAUUGAGGAAAGCGUCAAAAGAGACCUUACCUCCCAACAGGAGAAACGGUUAGAUUAUUUACUGUGAAUUAAAAUGGGGAAAAAUGUGUCCCUAUGUUAUCACCAAAAAAACGUAAAGAAGAUGGGUCUUCGUAUAUUUUGACUCGCUACCGUCUUCCUGCUCUGUUUAAGGCAAUCACCAUAAUUGCAGUAACUUUGAAGGUUUUUAUCUAUGCUCUUUUUCUAAACGAGGCGUUUGGGUAUCUCAGAAAUGGUAAUUUUAAUGACUUGAUGAAACAUGUAACUGAUGAAGUUUAAUAUUUUAUUUCUUGUAGAGAGCACACUGCUCGUGUUAUGGAAACUGUGCGUGCCAUUAACACAAAAAGAACCCGAAAAGGUCUAACCUCCAAUUCGAAGGAUGCCAAUUCUCCUGAGGGGUCAGGCUUUAAGUUCACUUACUCCCCCGCAGUAACUGAAUCGAAAGCCUCAGUGGAAGGUGCGGGAAAGACUCAAGCUGGGAACCCUGUGGCGGGUUAGUACACAAUGUUUUAAAUGGCGCCAGAGCUGUGAUAAAACGAGUGCAACGAACCAGACAGAACUGGUUGGUAAUGAGGCGGAUAUAAAUUCGAAUGAUGAUUUAAGAAGGGUGACAUUCUUUGAUAUUAAGUAAAUAGUCCAUUGCCUUACAGAACUCAACGAACAGAGAGGCAGUACUUGUGACAAGAUUUCUUAAAAGGUUAUUCACUAGGUUUUUCUUUUUUUCCCCACAGAUCGGCGAGUAUCCUACGGACGUCGCCCAUUCAGAGCUCCAGAAAAACUCCAGAUUGUAAAACCAAUUAAAGGUUCCGUGACGCUGCAUCAGUGGAAAAAAUUAGCCAACCCCACCCUGAAUUUGGCGGAGACUCGACCUGGGGUACACGUUAAAGGAGAGGGCCCGGAUGCUCAGGAAAAGGAGCCAAGAGAACGGAAGGAGUCAAGUGAUUUGGACGUAGACGAGUACGAGGAAGAUGAGCCCUUGUACAUGAAUCUUCCCCGUACCUCGGAGAGUACCUCCGAAGCUGCUAGCAAAACAGGGACAGAAGAUGGCGACGAGGAUGAUGAACCAAUCCAGAUGCGAGUCUCUCACGGGCUUGAAAAAGGGACCACGUCCCAAAAGAAAGAAGAGACUAUGGCUGGGAAGGGUAGCUCUAAAAAGACUUCUCCACAGCAGCUAGGGCUAAUAUCGCUUGUAAGCGGUCAAGGCUUCCAGGGAGGUUUCAAAGAACGUGGUGGCGACAGCGGCAGUAUCUUGACGCACUUGCUAAACAGCCCCUCCUCGACAUCUUCAGGGACAUCCUCAGUGGGUAAGGUACUUGCUGACGUCCUCAGUAAAGCAAGUAAGGAGGCCUCUGAAAAGGAGCCUACUAGGGCCGAGUCUCUUCGCAACUUGGCGAAUUACUUUAGCGAGAAAGAGCGUGGUAAUAGCUCGGCGCAAUCCCAAGUCAAAUCACCUACCUCCCCUCCCCCAGUAGUACCUUUCACAAGCACCCUACCCUCGUCUGGAGGUGUAAUGUUGUUGAGCAAGAUACUCGGUACUAGUGGCUUAUCAGCUGGUUUGACGAUACCUGCGCCAAUCACUACGACCGCUAAGACCAGUGGUCUGCCCAGCACCACGAGCAGUACAUCAACCACUCCAAGUGUUCUUACCCGAAGUACUUUGGUCAGGAACUCCAGCGGUAGUAAUUUAUUAAACUUGGCCCAAGGUGCCAUGGUAGAAGAUGCCUCAAAUAAGCGUCACAGUUUAGACUCGUCUCAGCUGCUUAAGAAAUCAAAUAAUUCCGAGUCAGAGUCGUCUUCGGGACUUGAUUUUCCUGAAUUGAAGUUUCCCACACUGCGCAGGCGUGCCAGUAGCGGUGAUCUUCAAGAGAUGGGAAGUUUAAGCAGUUUUGACCAGUUUGGCAGUGGAGGACUAGGCGCACGACUGAAACGAAGCUCUAGUAUCGGUAAUAUGAAGGACCUCAGCAACGAGAGCCUAGCAGGGUCCUCAGGAGACGCUUCUGAGGGGGGCUUUUUUAAUCGUCUUCGUCGUACGCCAAGUAUAGGGAGCCUAACAAGUCUGGUGCAGCGAUCCAAUUUUUCGGUUGGUUUUUCAAAUUCGCUUGCAGGAUCAAAGCAACGGUCUACAAGUUUAGAUGCCCUUCCGGUGUUCAAGCCCGGUGAAUCGCCUCCGUCUCCUUCCAAGUUCGAUCAAGAUGGGGGACAUUUCUUUGGCAAGAACGCGCCUUCUUCCAGUGUUGACGCAAUACCCGGAGCCACCGGUGGGUUUUUCGGCGGAGGCACUAAAUUGAGUAGCUUGGCUGGGGUCCGGGGAUUUUGGUCCCAAGGAGGGAGUAAGAGUUUGGACAGCCCUGCCGCACCUGUUCAGGCGCCACCCCCGAAGAGCGAAGAGAGACUGGAAAAAAUCAACAACGCUUUCGCGUUUGAGGACUUCGGAGGACUCGGCUUGAUGUCCUUCUUCGGGGGGAAAUCGCGUGGGUCAAGAUCAGAUAGUCAGUGACAUUAAAACCGCUGGGACGUGUCAGAGACGGACAACCUCUAGCAGGGUUGGAAGCAACGCUGAGAUGUUUGCUAAUGGUUUUUCUGUUGAUGCGGCUGUUUUAAACAGAAAUUUUCAAAUCAAAUUAAAGUUAACGAUGGUAGUGACACCAAAGUGUAAUAGUAAAAUUGAAAAUAAUGAUGAGGAUGUCUUUUUUUUUAUAUUUUUUUACUGACUAUUUAGCAUUUGAAUGGUAACUUUGAUUCUGUUAUUUUUGAAUUGGCUUAUUUUUAUCCUCUUGUUAAUCUUUAUUCAACAAUGAGAUGGUGGUCGAUUGUCGAAGUGUGCUCAAGGGUCUCGUGGCAUAUUGCGAGAAGUGGUAACGAGAAAAAAUUAUUUAUUAACCCUUUAACUCCCAGAAGUGAUUAACAUAAAACUUCUCCCUACAAUAUCCCAUACAUUAUUCAGCAAACAGGUAACGAGAAUAUUCAACGUUAUCCGGUAGAAGCUGCUAUCUUGAUCUAACACCAAGUUCUCAUAACUAAUUUACAAGGAAAUGUGUAGCAGCUAGAGGGGAGAAUUAACAAUCAGAUCUUGGGAGUUAAAGGGUUAAGUAUCAAUAUUGCUCUUUGAAGCACAUCGUGAGAUUACCUCGUCAAAGGGAGGAUGAAUGAGCUUAAGUAAAUAAUUUUUAAUUUUAUCAUUGGUGGAAUGACCUAAAUCACCUCAAGCCAUUUUGUGGUGAUUCUUCGAGGUAAGAUCUUGCAGAGUGGUCUUAUUUUGAACCGUUGUUAUGGUGUUUUUCAUGGUGUAAAGGUUUUUCGUGUAUAUUGUACAAGUAAAGGCAGCUCAAAUGAGGGAAGAAUUUACGAAGGAUUAAAAAAAUUUAUUACGAGCUCACAAUCAAGGGGGGUAUUUAUUGGUAAAAAGAUAUUCGUGUGGUUCAAAUUUGCCCCACCUUGCAUUGUGUAAGAUAAAUAUAUAUAUUUUUGGUUCAGAAAAUAAGGUGUGGUUAGAUGCAGCUAUUAGUUCCUAAGCAACCUUCUGCUUUUGUUUUCAGUUG